CUUUCUAAAAGGGCAAUUUUAUCUUAAAUUCUUAAUCCCAAUUCCUAAGAGACGUAUUAGGAUUAGGAUUUGUGCUAUCUUGGCCGGCGACUAUAAAUUUGGUCGAUUUACAAACCAGUGACCACCACUUACUUCAAUUAUUUGAUCGAUCAAUCUUACUACGCAUUAUAUACAUAGUGAUACUCCUAUUUGAUUCGCGCGCGGCAGCGAUGUGGAACUACCAUUGUGGUAUGAAGUGGAGCGUGGAGGAGAUAGAUACAGAAGAUGAUCCUGCUCUUCAAAAGUCUCUGGUGAAAAUAUAUCUGAAAGAUGGGUAUGCUUCUUAUUCUAAAACAUGGUGGCUGGACCGUGAAGAAAGCGGCAGGAAGAAGAAAGUUCUGUAUAGGUUUGAGAAGUGCGUUGACGUGAACGGUGAAUGUGGGGGGACUAUUGACUUGGAGAAGAUUCUCCCGGUAGGAUCUGAAGAAGAAGAAGAAGUUAUGACUUUAUUUACAGACAAAGUACUCUCCCCCUUCGAGCACCUUUUCUACAGAGAAGCGUAUAACUACGUCGCCAGUGUUAUGAUAAGGGGAUGUCGUGAUCGGCUUAUUCCUCUCGUCGAUCACAACUCUAACUCAAAGCUAUACUCGGUUAGCCUGGCUGUAUCUUUUCAGCUCUCUGUAACAUUGGGAGUAACGGUCUACACCUGGUUUAAAAGGUAUUAUUUUGGGAGCAAAGGGGGCCAGCAACUGCCGCCUGGUCUCCGUGAUUAUGAUCCGUCAUCUCCAAUGCCUCUGCCGAGGAUAGUGGAGAAUGGCUACGGUUUCUUCCAGCUUGGCGGUCGUGCAAAGUUAGAUGAAGAAGAAAAAACGUGUGCGAUUUGUUUUGGCCAGUACGAACCGCAGUGCCUCGUGAUUCGCCUCCAAUGUUUGGAUGAGCUUCACCCCGAGGAGGAGCAUAGUAACGAGGCCGACAUCGGAGCAGCAAUGUUGCUGCCGUGUCAGCACAUAUUCCAUGCAAAUUGCAUCACCCGCUGGUUUCAGGUGUCACUUGAUGAUCGCACACCCCACCGUGAGCGUCUAUCCACUAAUAAUACUUGCCCUCUAUGCAGGUUUCGGAUCCCCACCCACUAUUAUGUGGCUGCUCUUAUAGAUCGCUUUCCACGAUGAUCAUGGAGCAAUUCUAGGGUACUUAAGAAUGGAUGUUGAAUGAACCAGGCCCGGCCACCAAGCCCAUUUGUUUGUUUGUAUACAUUCCAAGUCCGGCCAUUUUUAGUGUGCUGACUUCGAAUUUUGUAGCAAGUCAUUUUUCAGAUUUACAUGUAAUUCAUUUACACAGUGGGCAGAUUUUUCCAUGUACUUGUUAGUUCUGUCAACAAUACCAAUUAGGGGAACUAACAUAUGGUGUGGUGAGCAGAGUAUAUCCAAUUUUUGUUGUGAAAUUGGAUUACAAAGAAUGUUUUUG